AUGGCAGCUCUUGUUCUACUUCAGGAAUGUGUGCCUUUACAGGACCCAACGGAAGGCUGGAGCGCAAACUUUGGGUUUUGGAUUCGAGUAGCAAUUCUCGGUGGUGUUGUGGCCGUUGGAAUAGCUGCUUUCGUCGCUUACAUGAUUCCAGGCGUCGUGCUGUCCAAACGACAACUUACAUUGAUUUUCAUCGGUCAGGCAAUUGGGUACCCUGCCGUUGGAAUGCUCGUGGCUGCACUUUGGGUUUUCCCGAUCCCCUUUAUGGUUCUGACAAUCAUGACCCUCUUUGUACUGGUGUUUAUUGUGCUGUUCCGCAUAAUUGUUGGAAAACAAACCUUUAGUCAAAUGGCGACACAUAAAGAACAACUCAUCUUACUUGUCAGCUUCAGCGGCUCUCAGUGCGUAAUGGCCUUCACCUACGCAGCGUACGAAGUGCUCUUUGAACAUGUCACCGGCACCUUCUUCGAGUUACCCGUGGUACUUUUACUUCCUGUUAUCAAAGUCAUCAUGAAGAAAGUGGUUUCACUAGCCAUUGUGCACAUGGAAGACAUGAUCCCUGAAGGCGUCAUCUUCACGGUUGACUUCUUCAAUUCAAUGUAUCUUGCCACAUGCAUGCAGAACACGUCUUCCAUCACGACAGUAGCCGCAGUGAUGGUGCUUGACUUUGGACAAACGGCAAUAUCUCUCCGAAGCCUUCACAAAAGAUCCGACACAAUUUUGUCUCGACUUCAUCAGGCCUGCGGUAUAACUCUGAAGAGUGAUAGUCUACUACCUGUGGUCCGGUUGUUGUGUCGUGAUAAGGACAAGUUUGAACAGCAAGACCGUCAGGAUGUUCUUCUGUAUUCCUGCCUCCCACACAAGGUAUCACAAGAUGGACAAUCUCUCCUUAAAACACUUGAACAUGUGCCGGACAACGGAGUUUGCAAGCUUCCGCAAUUUAUGAUUUCAAAGCCGUGGAGUCACUCACGCCGCAAGGAAACAAGUGUUGUGCCAAGUAACGCAAAACCAAUCACCAUCGUUAGGCCAGAUCAAAAUCAGCAGGAACCCGCUGAGUCGGUUGUUAUCGAGGUGUCAGUUCCUCUACACCAAAACAUUCUCAGAGAGACGCUCGGGGUGCUUUUUACGUCUGAAUGUCUCAUAUUGACCGAGUAUAUGGAAUUCAUCAUUCCCGUUCUGUACGGGAAUUUCAUACUGUUGGUGGUAAAUCUGCCCAGUGCACGAUAUCACAUGGACUUGCUGGAUGUCAACCUCGAUAAUGUAGCAGACACACUGCUCAACGUUUACGUCUACGCGCUUUUGGAAUUCGCUUCAUUUCUGACGCUCACGCUAAUGAUGAUGCGGAAUUGUCGGCUGCAAGCGAUCUACCACUUGGCAUUCGUGCUAGAAACGCAAGCGCUUCUCGUGCAAGUGAAGCUGAUGACCUGGGUGUUGAUGUCCUUAAGCUUUCGCGUCAUACAUUUCGGCGCUGACUUCACAUUUGAGUUUUCUUGGAUGACGCACAACAACGCGUAA